AUGUACGAAGACCUCAAUCAAGAUUGGGGUGCUUUUGCCGGAGGACAUGUGCUGCCCACUGUACGCAGCAGACGCGCCGAGCACGUGCCGGUUAUCAGCAGCACGCACUGCUUUCAGCGCCACCCCGCGGAUCACCACGGCUCCCUAGCCGGAUACAGCAACGAGAUCAGGGAUCCGCUUAAUCUGCUAGACAAACCCGGACCUGAUGUCACCGCCGCCAGCGCCACCACCGCCGACAGCGGGCAGACGUAUGGCAGAACGGCGUUAUGCAGCGCCACCUCCCGGCUGUGCGCGGCGGCUGCCGAUAGAGAGGCUUGCCUGCACGUGACGAGAGAGCGGGAGACGGCCCACUGUCAGCUUAUAGCAGAUGACUUCAUACAGAUAGCAAUGGAGGGAGAAGUAAGUCCUCCAGCCACCGGAUCCUGCACAUACGUUGACAACCACGGCCUGCCUUCUAUAUCGAAUGUUUUUAUGAGCUAAACUCUUUAAAAAAUCAAGUCAAUUAAUAAGUAAUCGAAUCGUUAUUCUGCUGUGGUAAAAUAUUUAUUUCUGCGUGCGUGCGUGUGCGUGCGUGCGUGUGCGUUAUGAUGAAGUAGUUUAAUUACGAGCAAUGUAAAAUCUUGACAUGUGACGUUAUAAAAGUAUAGCUUUUGUGCUGGAAACUAGUUUCGUUUUAUACUUUUGUAC